GAAUGGGGUUGUGGUUGACAGUGGGUAUCAAACGGGAAGAAGAACACUACGUGCCCCAAGAAAGAGAAGAAGAAGAAGAAGAAGAAGAAGAGAGGGGAGAGGCAGCCAGCAGAAAAAGGCACACACUUUGACAAGAGCGAUGUCGACGGUAAAGACGGCGACGACGUUUUUCGAGGUUUCGAAUGCAAGUUCUCCACCUCAUCGACAGUCGAUGGUCUCUGCUGGGGCAGAAUUGCGAGGAUAAUUACUACCGAUGUGAAGUUGAAAAGCUCUCGUGUGUGGACUAUGUGUGCAAUAGAGGUUUUCCUGUUUGCCAGAAGAGAAGAAAAUUGAGCAGUGCUUGGAAGGGUGUUUUUUUCGUGGGCAAGUGCAAGUGAUCAAUGUCAUUUUUCUGGUUUGGAUUUGCUGGAACAGGAAAAAUUUAGGUGUGUUUUGCUGACCGAAGAAAACAUACAGUGAGCAAAUCGGGAUAUUCGAGCCACACCAGAGUUCGUGCUGCACGCAUGAAGAAAUAGUACAUCCUUUCCGGGAGAUUAUCCGUACGCAAAAAUGGAUUACGAUUGAUUUUUCGCCUUCCGGUUGGGCUGUCGGGAGUUUGGGAUCUCUACAUGCAUGGGUCACGUUUCGGUGCAACUAUUAGAACCUAUAUGUAGAAAUGGAUGUUUACGCAUAGAACACGCCUAUGAUUUCCAGUCAUUGAAAAAGUGAGAUUUUUGAACGGCAUAAAUUUUUAAAAUACUGCCACUGAAACCAGCCGAUGUUGCUGCCCUUUCGCUGCUGCAUCUCGUAAAACUGCAAUCACAAUACAAAAAAUAAAAUUGGGAGUUCCGUGCCGUCAUCCGCAUCAUUGACAUCAUCAGUGGUAGCAGGGAGUAGCAACGAGAAAAUUUGUACGUGUGCAGUCUGUGUGUGUGUGUGUAUAUGCAUCCGUUAUAUGUUGUGUGCAGUGGUUAAGGUGCGGGGAAAGCAGUGCUCUGUAUGGGAGAUGCGAAAGGAAAGAUACACCGGCGGAAGGAAGGUGCGGAUUCUGGGCUGUGGGGUUGGAUAAGACGGGGAGCCGAAGAAAUAGCGGAUGAGACCCGACGGUAUUGAGGGAGGCUACGUAGCUAUCUAUCAGGAAGCUGGAGGGCAAUUGCUCAACUCAUCGAACGGAUUCGACUACACAACCGAUCAACAUAUGAAAACCAAGCCACCAAGGAUUGCCCGCUGAACUCUCAAGUAUCUUUGAAUUGAUAACAAGUCUCGUUGUCUCUCCCUUCGUGUGUUUGGUGUAUCCCCUCUUGCUUCAGAACUCAAGAAGAGAAGCGAAAAACCAAUGACAUCUAAGCGCUAACAGACUGCUGCUCCUCAUCAUCAACGACAACGACCACACGAGAAAGCACAAGGGGCGACGCUGCCGCUCUAAGAACACGCAAACGCUUUCUGAACCAGGGAGCGCGUUCUUACAUUGAUCCUUUCACACUGCGUCCCGGGGACGCAGACGGGUGUUCCAAUCUCCCCCCUUCAUGUUGGUGUCGAAGCGGAUUUGACUUCACACGAGCACGGGAAAAAAAAAGACGGAGAAACAAACGACGUGGACUACUACCACUACUCCUCGGUCUUGUCCUCUAAUCUAUGUGGUUCUUUCGCUGGGACUCACAACAGUAGCGGUGGCGAGAGGACCCCAUUUUGGGUGACAAACGAAAAAAGUUUUUCCGUUGAAUGACAGGCUUCCCUGCCAUCACACCAUAAACCUCAAUCUGGCUGCCACGGUCAAAUCAGGGAGGCGAAGAGGCCAUCGCGCGAAUGGUGAGAACAAGUGAUAGGUUAAUUACAGCGCCAUUCAUUUAUCUGGAAAACGUCUGUUAUCAACAUAACGAAAUUGUCAAUUGAGACAAAGUGCUUCUAUUAGAUAAGGAUAGUGGAAAGUGGAAAGGUGAACAGAGGGAGUAGGUUACGAUGUGGUGAGCCUUCCGGAAGUAGCGUUUCGGUGAUAAUAAAGUGGAACAUAUUUGUAUGUGUUUUAUGAUUCAAUCCACUGUUCAGUGCGAGGAAGAAAAUCAAGUGAGUGUGCGAUGUUCAUUGGUGAACAGAGAUGUUUGGAUGGCUAGAGUGUCAGGCAGUGAGUGUUAGUUGGCUGUAAAAUCACGUGCAAUAUAACGGUGUUAAGUUAAACAGAAACGUGACUGACCAAUUGCAACAAUUCCGAAGAAAACCCGUCAUCAAUGCAUAGUGAGGAUGAACUAAUCGCUCGUACUCACAAACAACAAACGACGCAGCAGAUCACGACCAUCACGAAGGUUGUACGCGAAGUGAAGCACUUGGGACCGGAUGGGCAGCCGUUUGAUUAUGUAGCAAUGCCACUCGAAAUGGGACCCGAUGGACAACCGAUCGACUAUGUGUCGAUGCCGAUGGGAAUUUACACGACUCGGUCGCAGUACAUGAACUACAACCAUUUAGACCAACAGGAACAGCUGGCGGCCGCUGCGGCGGCUGCUUCUCAGGGCCAUCUUCCGCCUGGGGCGAAGGGGAUGGGAGGACCGGCCGAUAAGGCACAACAAUAUCAGACACACUACCAGGAUUACGAGCAUUAUGCGCAGUACACGGAUUCCGGCUACGACCCGGCAGGAGUUCACCAUCCUCCUCAUCCACAGUCCUACCUCGGAGAGUACCAGAUCAACGAUCGCUCAACGCCACACAACUCGAGCGAAAACAGUGAAUCCUCGAUACCGCUCCCGAUGAAUGUGCCUCAAUUGGGCAAUCCGUCGGCCAAUUUGUUGCCACCCGGUUAUUUGCAGGGACAGUACGACGAAAUGGGAGAGUACGUUAUAGCGCCCUCUCCGGGAGGUCCCGUGGACAGACUUUAUCCGGACAACCCAUCGGCAAUGGUGUACGGUUACGUUUCAACGCCUCCCUAUGGAACCAUCAGCUCCCACGGUCAUCUCGAGCCAGCGGGUGCGAACGAACCCACGUAUGCCACCAAGCAACUUGCCUACGAAGCUGCCGCUAGUGCCAGUCAACGGGGUGUGCCCCCGGAGGGAGCCUGCUACUACGAUGGUGAUGACGACCUCCAGCAGCACAUGUCGAACCUGCAAAUUCACAACCACGUGUUUCUACAGCAUCACAUUGUAACCUCGCCGGGUGGCAACAAUCGGCCUACCGGAAAUGGACCGGAAGGUCCCGAUCUCGAGGAUCAGCGUCCGAUGAAGUGGCGAGAUCCGAACCUAACCGAAGUGAUUGGUUUCUUAAGUCAUCCUAACAACGCCAUCAAGGCCAACGCAGCGGCUUACUUGCAGCAUCUUUGCUACAUGGACGACCCUAAUAAACAGCGAACGCGAACCCUCGGGGGAAUACCGCCACUCGUGAAACUGCUAGGUCACGAAAAUACGGAUGUUUAUCGAAAUGCCUGUGGUGCCCUGCGGAACCUCUCUUAUGGUCGACAGAACGACGAAAACAAACGUGCAAUCAACAGUGCCGGAGGUAUCCAGGCUCUGAUCCAUCUGCUACGGCGGACGUCCGAAUCGGACAUAAAAGAACUGGUUACGGGCAUCAUCUGGAACAUGUCCUCCUGCGAGGACCUGAAGCGGUUCAUUAUCGACGAUGCAAUCGUGGUGAUCGUGUCGUACAUUAUCAUUCCUCAUUCGGGCUGGGACCCGACAAAUCCGGGCGAAACGUGCUGGAGUACAGUGUUCCGGAACGCAUCCGGAAUCCUGCGGAAUGUCAGUUCGGCCGGCGAGUACGCAAGGAAAAAGCUGCGCGAAUGUGAGGGACUCGUCGAUUCGUUGCUGUACGUUAUUCGGAUAGCGAUCGAGAAGUCCAACAUUGGUAACAAAAUUGUGGAGAAUUGUGUGUGCAUAUUGCGGAACCUGUCCUACCGCUGCCAGGAGGUUGAGGAUCCGAACUACGACAAGAAUCCUAUUCCGCAUCACAGCAGCAUCGACGGCUCGCACGGUAAUGUGAUUGUAAGUGCGGCUUCGUCGAAGGGCGAAAAUUUGGGCUGUUUUGGGGCAAGUAAAAAGAAGAAGGAACAGCAGGCGGCAGCAGCCGCUGCUCAACAGCAGGUAGCGGACGCGAAGGAUCACUCCACUUCGAAUGGGGAUCCGGCGAGGAUGGCUUAUAAGAAUACGGCGCACUAUAAAGGAGCGGAGCAACUGUGGCAGCCCGACGUUGUACAUUCCUAUCUUGCCUUACUGCAGAGUUGCUCGAAUCCCGAAACGCUGGAGGCGGCAGCUGGGGCACUGCAGAACCUGGCGGCCUGCUACUGGCAGCCAAGCAUAGAGAUACGUGCCACCGUGCGGAAGGAGAAAGGUCUCCCCAUACUGGUGGAGCUGCUGCGGAUGGAGGUGGACCGGGUGGUGUGUGCGGUGGCGACUGCACUUCGGAACCUAGCUAUUGACCAAAGAAAUAAAGAAUUGAUUGGAAAGUAUGCUAUGCGGGAUUUGGUUCAAAAGUUACCCUCCGGAAAUCCGCAGUGCGAUCAGGGCACUUCGGAUGACACCAUUGCCGCGGUGCUUGCCACGCUUAAUGAGGUGAUCAAAAAGAAUGCCGAGUUCGCCCGAUCGUUGCUGGAAGCAGGCGGGGUCGAACGGUUGAUGAAUAUGACGAGACAGCGGCUAAAGUAUACACCUAGGGUACUUAAAUUCGCCGGACAGUUGCUGUUCACCAUGUGGCAGCAUCAGGAGCUGAGGGAUAUGUACAAGAGGCAUGGCUGGAAGGAGCAAGACUUUGUAACGAAAACGAUUGCCUCGCGGAACGUGAAUAGCAGUAACGGUGGCAGCUACAGUGACAACUCACCCAAUUCACCAAACAACACUCUGAACCGUCCGAUGGCAUCCCAAGGUGGUACCAGAUACGAGGACCGAACGAUGAAGAGGCAGCAAGCAUCGAAUAACGGCGGCCAAGCCAUGUCGUUACCACCGAGUGACGGUGCAGUCAAAAUGGGCAGAUGAAUCAAUCAAGCAGAGUCCGAUUUGUCAGGAUAGUCGGAGGAGUAGCUCAAACAGCAACACACACACAUAGAAUAGCUACUAGAGCUGGUAUAAACAUAUAACACACAAUUGCAACACUAAAGCAGGUACAGACGCCACCUGGUGGAGUUCGUUUAGUCUAUCAUUAGUGGCGACGAAGCAAACCCAACCCAAAUCGUGGUAAUCGGUGGUAAAUAUAGAGGGCUUUUCAAAAGCAAUCGAAAACUCAAGGAGAAUAACUAUCAAAAGCAAACCGCAAAUGGAAUGGCGAGACAGAAAAUCGUAGAAUAGGUUUAUAAAGUAAUAUAUUACAUGGCUAACCAUCAGAAAAUUUACAUUCGUCAGCACGCUCUGGAAAAAUCAGUCACAUAUAGCCCCCCUAUUUAUCAAGCAACUCUAAAACAAAAAUCACACACAUACAUACACGCGCAGGUUUAGGAUUUACCUUCCCGACGACAAGAACGAAACAAAUCGUAUGAUAAUCUGUUAAACUAAAACAAAAGAAAACACAAGAAAGUCAUCUAAUCUAAAGUUUUCCAGCACUCAUACACACACAUUCAUCAACCUCACACGCACCGCUAGCAGCAGCAUUGUCGUAACCAUAUGAAACAAUGAAACUGCUAACCCCCGCAUCCCCCCUCCUUCCCUGCCCCAGUCUCUGUCGUGUAAUUUCGGUGUACAGAUGAAAAUAUUAGUUUUUGUUGUUUGACUACCGAGUGCGCGGAAGAUGGAUAUCCGCGCGGGCCGAGAUAAACGUUACGCGAGAGGGACACAUACGACGAAGGUUUCAACAAGCAGAAAAAAUUGCACAAACUCUGAAAGUUAUUCGCGUACUGUUGAUGGUUCGGCGUUUACACGUUCACGCGGGGGAUUUCAAACUUUCUUGGUUUGGAUGGCGGUGGAUAAACUGAUUUUUCCGCUGAGAUUGAGCGGAGAAAGUGAAAAUUUAUUGGUUUGAGGACGCUGAUUCGCGAUUGGUGUAAAGUGUAAAUGGGGAUUCUGUAAAAGUAUACCGGGAAAAGAUUAGCAGGUGUUUCGUGAUUACAGGGAGCUUGGGAACUUAUGUGACUCUGUGAAUCAGUCGUUGUCGAUGAAACUCGUCACGCAUGUUUCUCUACUCAAUCACACAGAAGUACCUCUUCUGUAUGUGGAGUCGGAUUUUCUUUCUGUUACCCCUUUAUAUACGGCCGCGGAAACCAGGCAAGGGAUCGACUCAAAUUUCAAAGAAUAUAAUCCUUACAUGAGGAAUAACACAUAUUUACCAUUAAUGAAAAAUAAACUAUUGAAAUAGUUGAGAAAAAUGGUGGCAAACUCUGUUUUCCGCUACCUAGUAAGCACAACUUAUUGUGGCUUAGGUAAUGCAAAAUUAAAACAAUAUUUUUCUACAGUUUUUUUUCUUCUCUACAUAAUAAUGAUUCUCAAAUUCAUGUUGUACAUUUUAGCAGUUAUAAGAAAAUUGGAGUAUUGCCAGAUACCUUCAAAAGUGUUUGGUUGAGUGAAAUAUUGAAAUAAUAUUCCAAGUGCGACGAAAAUUUUUUUUUGUAAGUGGUAAUAUAGUUGCCGCGGUCUUAUAAAGGGUUAAGCCGAACUUGAUAUUCAGUCAAGUACAUUCAUUACAUUCUAGAUAGAUUCUAAAAUCUUCUAACUUACAACAUCUUCCUACAACAUCGAGUCUCACUCGUGGUGUACUUGGAUACUAUUAGACGUUAGGACUCAGCAAUAAAUAUCGUAGGCUGAGAAGUUAAUCAGCAGAAUUCAAUUGAAAUCUCUUAGGUUCUGUUAAUCUGAUACGAUCUCCUUAAGAUAUACUGCUUCUUAGGACUUUUGUUGACAACUAUUGCUCAAACUUUUCGAGAUUGAUGAUAUUGGUAACGAUUUCAAAUAAGUAGUACCGUGAAGUACCCAUAUACCGCUCAGUUAAGACAAUAUUUAACGUUUGUGUACUCUAAAAAUUACUGCUUACGCGUGUAUAAUGUUCUCAAAUCUACUUGCGUUGUAUUAGUUCCACUACUGAUAAACAAACGGAUGAGAGUGUUGUUGUAUGCAUACCACCUAUAAUGAUGGAAAACAUUUUGCAACUUUUGGUCCUAAUUCCAACCGGCAAAAACACAAAAACAUUAUUUUCCUAAUUCCAAUAAUCAAAUUGUUAUAAUAAUGAAUCAUUUUGAGUAGUAGAUUUGAUAAUGUUUUAUGUUGUGAAUGAGUCGAAAUCAAUAAUCGAAUGAAUUACAGUAGUAAUAUGACGUUUAUUUAUUGACAACGCAUCUUGUGAUGAAGACGCUUCACUGGAUUUUCCAAUAAGACCUGAGUAAUUAACAGCAUCAGGAUCUAACGUCCACAUCGCCGGAAACCGUUGAUCAAUGUCGAUUGUAGGUUCGUCAUUCCAUCCACAGCUUUUGAGUGGUCUGAAAAGGCUGGCGUCCAGCAGCUAUAAGUUAUUUGGGUGGAAUUUUGUGGGAGACAAACAAGGAUUAUGUUUUUUUUUCAUGCAUAGCAGCAUCAUUUCAUAAGAGACAUGAGACUUAUGUCCAUUUUGAAAGAGAGUCAUAGGGAACGAUAUUUUCUGCUGGACAAGCCAAAGGUAAAAGACAUCCUUGAGAAACAGGAACAAUUUGGGAAAUCCAACCCGAUCCCAUUCUUGUUGCGGCCCAGCUUUCGGCCAAUCUCUGCCAGAUCUCUUGGUAUCCUGGAUUUGUACGGGUAUAGCAUCAACGUUGCCGCUAACUGCACGGCUGCGUCUCCACAAAAAAAGUGCAGUGUAUAAUUCUCGACCGAUGUUAACUACCUUUGCCUGGACGUUUUUUUGGCCGGAACCAGCUAAAACUAGUUUCUUUGUAUGUAUUGUACGUACUGCUGUUUCAUCCAAAUUGAACAUCUGUUCCGGGAAUUUUAACACAUUGGAAAGCGCUUCUUCCUCGAAAUACUCAUGGAUUUCGUGAAACCAGCUCCUGCUCCUUGUUGCUUGGGAACAGCUGCACGAUGCUUUGACAUUACGCUUGGCACCCAUUUUAAUAUUCCUGGAUGCCGCUUGAUAAAUCUAUUGAUCCAUUUACGAGCUGUAUUUCGUUUUUAAAUGAAUUGGAACGAGCUGAUUUCUUCACUUAAUGUACUACGCUCAACAGUAAUCUCUUUGUGUUCACGUGGAAUCCAGCUUUCGCUGUUAGCCAAAGCCAUUCAACUAUUCGUUCUUCUGUGGCAUCGAGAACGGUUGAUUCUCCAGGACAUUAUCUGGAAUACUUCCUAAGACCUUCUCGCGCAGUUUUGAAUACGGAAUUCCGUACAAUUUGGCCGCCUUUCGAAAGGGAACUCCGGUUCUCGCCAUUUCCACAGCGUCUGCUAUUUUCGGCCUAUUCUAUUGAAUGCGUUUCUGACCGGCGUUUGUUUUACUCAUCGCAUGAUAGCAAUUGAAAUCUGUUGGGUGGAAUAAAAACAAGUAGAAAUAUGGGUGUUCUUGUUCCAGCCAUGUUUAUUUUGGUGAUAACCGAUCGAAUUUGCAAUGGAAAGAUAUAAAAAAAGUAUUAAAUCAAUGCACCGUACCUGUAUCGUUAUUUUUUUCUACUUUCCGGAGAUUUUCAAUGGUUUACUUUGUAAAUUGAUAACAACUGUGGACAAUACUCUUUGCUUUGCUCUUUGCCACUUUGCUAAGGAAAACAACAAAAACUGUGAAUGACAGAUCGACUAACAGUAUUGGCUGAAAGUUAUAUAGUUAAGCUUAACUGAUAGUACUUGGCUGCCAAUUUUUCAAACAAUUAUAGUUUUGCAAGUAUACACAAAAAUAAUUUAUCAGAAGAAAUAAGGUAGCUAGUGUGAAAAACAGUAUUUUAUGUCAAGUGGAUGGAAUUUUGCACUGGGGAGCUUCACGGUACAAAUAAUAGAAAAUGAAAAUCGGAAUGGGAAAAAUUGAUCUGUCCAAAUCCUGUCAUACUCGAAUCGUUGAUUCGCUCAUUUUCCACCACAUUCUUAUGCUCACGUAGGCAUUUCCUUACCUUCGUUUAUGUCUCAGGAGCUGUUGCUCACAGACGAAAAAAAAAGCUCAAUCGACUCUUGGGCUCGAAUCAUAGUGAGGUUAGGUGUUUUUGAAUCAUUUCCAAUGCACGCAAUCGUUUGGAAACGACUUGACAGGUAACUUCUAGUGCUGGAGCAAGCUCUUCUCGCAUUUGGCAUGGGUCCUCAUCGAGCAACUUAGAGUCUUAUAACGAAGGGUCUCUAUUUAUUUCUUGUUAUAGAGAAGUCCUUCGUUACAUCGCUCACAAGCAGCAAAUUCCAAAUUGCAUCAUCCUUCGUUGCGGAAUUUCAUCUGCACUUGUGCGAGAUGCCCCGCUGGCCUAUAAUCAGCAUUAAACUGCAGCUUUCUUUUCCGCACUAUUUGUUCUUAUGUUUACUUUCACUUUUUCGUUCUCUCACCGGAAGCGACUGCUUUCUCACCAUCUAUUUUCUUCACCGCCUUACUUGUCUUUACACUCAUUUUCUAUUAUUUCUUUUUUCUUUCUCAUCAAAAUCCACCGUUCACCAUGUGCUUUUCUGCACUGCUCACCGCGUUUGCCAUAAAACCCAGUGAUUGCUUUCUUUUUCCAACCCUAUUUCUAUCCACGUUUGUUAUCGGAAGCAGCCGAACCACAUUCUUUCGCACCGCGCGUAUCUGCCAUCUUGACUUCUUACACUGCGCACCGCGUGGGCGAUAAAUUUUCUUCCACAAGAUUAAGGAAUGUAUUGAUGAGCUGUAUGCUCCACCACUGUCACUUGCGAGAACUGCCAAACUCUUAAGCUGGUGUAAAUCAAGGCGCUUAACAUACUACCUGGUGGGUCAAAAUGUGGAAACCACUCUACAGAAUUUACAGGAUGACAUUAACACACUUCUAAAAUUAAAAAUAAUGAAUUAAAAUUUACUUUUCUGUUUCGAACAUGUAUUCUAUGCAAUACAGUAUUACGUAAUAUUGAACUGGAAUUGUGUCUGAUGAUGAUUUUAUAUCAUAUUGGGGAGUUUUUGUAAAUGUUGUGUGUUGUAAAAUGUAUAGCCAAAUGAUGAAAAAAGCGUCGUGUUUUAAGUAAUCGAAUUUAAGAAUCUCCAUUCAAAUUUUAAGAUAUUUUCAAUAUGUUAUUUGUAAAACUGCCUUCUUUAAUUUUUCGCAAAUUUGACGAUUGUUUCGAGAUAAUUAUGAUUAGCGAAUGGGCGCACCUAGUUUCAUAGAUCUGCCUUGAGCUCACCGAGUAGUUUGAUAGUUUGGCAAUGACAGCUAAAUUUGCAACACAUCUUGACUCGCGGAUCAUAUCCUCUUGGCCGGGGCCUGUUUUCAAAAGAACCAGCAACAAUGUACGCACUUUCAUCAAGAGCCACUUCAGCUCAAUAUUUUAUUUGCGUUUUGCGAAAUCCUCGCGAAUCUUCAGCGAUUAAUCGGACCAGAAUAUUCUGUAUCCGCCACAAUAUCUCGAUCGCAUUGAAUUCCGUGGCUGAUGCAUCCGCCAGCACUGGAGGCAGUGCUGGAUAACCUUAAUUUACUUCAAACAUGAUCCGUUCUCCCGUCUCGGAGGAUGAAAAAGACGACCGCCGUCUAUAACCCGUCUAUGCACGCCGGUGGUAACAGAGCAAGUACCUAGUGAUCCCCGAUAAUCGUUCGAUUAAUCGAUUAAUCGAAUACUUCCUAUAGAAAUCGAUUAUUAAUCGAACGAAUACUGCACAACCAAUAAUCGAAGCGAACGAAUAAUUUACGUCGAUUAAUCGAUCCAAACCCAGAGCAAAAAAACCGUACAGCCGCUGCAGUUUUAUCCUGAAAAUCAAUCAUAAUCUUUGACGCUCUCCUAAACUCCUAAAAGAAGCUCAAUGCCGUCGAUGCGAGAUGAGCUUCGUUUACGAGUUUAGGGGAGCGUAAAAGAUAAUAAUUGAUUUUCAGGCGUAAUGAACACUUUUUUGAUUCCAGAUGGCUUUCUAACGAAUGAGAAAUAUUAGUCUAACUAAUUAUUUCUCUCAGUGUGACGAUUAAUCGAUUAAUCGAUUAUUUGGAUCGAUUAAUCUUAUCGAAUAAGAAACUGCUUAAAAGUAUUCGAUUAGUGGAUGAACGAUUAAUUUCAAAAAUCGGGGAUCACUACAAGUACCCUUAAAAGAUAGAAUACAGCUUCGUGCCGCUGCUACUCUUGCUGGUUCAUAGUGCGAGCGAUUGAUUUUGUUCUCAAUAACUUCGCUGUGCUGUUUACCGCUCAACUGAGCUUUUCUCGCAUGCGUGGUGCGUUUUGUCGCAUGAGAGAGCAUAUAUAAUGUUGUGUGUGACAUUGAAUGUUGCAGCAAGUUUGGCUAAUAAUGCUAGACCUUCUAAUAACUAAAAAAUAACUACAUUUCCUGGGCACACACAAACACAAUAAGUACAUGGAUCGGGCUUCCAAGUACUCUCCAGGUGUCUUCUGUCAAGCUGUCAUCAAUUUCCCACUAGUCGCACCGCCAAUCCUCUAGUUGCUCGCGUCGUAUUUCGCCAAAUUGCAAUGCGCAGUUGGUCCUUCCAGGAGCUUCUUCCAAGAUGGCGUGAAUAGCACGCUCUCAUCGAGCAUUAGAAAAAGCCGCCGAAAAAAGCGCGAAUUACAAUCACUCGUAACUAUAACGCGCACGAUACCGGAAUCGUCUUCUAUAGCGCUUCAGAGAUAAGAGCCGAAGGAAGUCGCAAUUUUUCGUCCACCGAAGAGAGUAUAACAGCCGCUUUGUUGUGCAACUGUUAUACGCGCACGGUUGGUAUUGUGCUUCAGAUGUUUUUGUUUCAUGAGUACAAAAGAAUGUAGCAAAUGAGUUUGGGAUAUCUCGCGAUGUAUUUAAAUUAACGCGCAACACAUUGCAUUAAACACGUAACACUAACUAAAGGACUUGUUUCCUUUCAUUUGGUUUAAAAUAAAGAGACGUUUGCUCUCCUUCAUGGUUGACAACAUCAUCCUUUUAUUCACGUUCUUUUACAAUCAGGAAAGUUUUUAAUUCUAGUACUUCUAAUACAACAUGUUAAAUUGGUGGGAGAAACCUGGAACAACUAUUUACUGAUUAUCCAAUCAGAAGUAAGUGAAUUGAAAUGACAAAUACCAAUAUGCACACGUGAACGCAUUGUCGCUAUGUUCUAGGCGUGUGCGGAUGGCUCAUAGAAAGAACGAAAGAAUAUAAUUGCUUAGCGCGAUGGGUGUUCCAUGAAAUACGAUGCCAUGAGACCGUUUCUAGUAUGGUGCAACAUGUAUAUCGAUUAUUGAGUCAACGCUAAAUGAUUGGGAACGCAAGUGCCCUAAUUAAGUUGCAACACUUGUGUGAAAUGGAAAAGGUUCAGCUAUAAUCGAUUAGUUGUGAAUUGACAUGACCCAGUGAAGAUAUGUCAUGCAUGAAAUUAUGAAUAAGCAUAAACAACGUAUGCGUGGGAACAUCUAGAAAAUAAACCAAUGCUGGUUUCAAGGGUUGUACUUUUCUCUAGAAACAUUAAGAAAGAUCUCUUGGAAAUCUGGUAUAGCUAAUUCAUCGUAUUAAGUCAGUGUAUACCUCAAACCCAACAGUGGAUCGGUUCUAUACGAGAAUCAUUCUGCGUGUGUUCAGAAACAAAUUGAACUUGUCGGCGAUAAAAGACGUGUAUGGUUGUAGGGGAUUACAAUCUUUGCCACUUGUGUUAGAUGCAUGAUGAGAACAUAAAUUCUUUGUUACCAGUAAAUGCUUCCUCCAAGUAGCUUUGAUAGAGUUUGUUGUAGUUUGCGGUCUCUAUCAAAUUAAUUACCUGAUUAACGUGAAUGGGAGGCUGCUUGAUUUGGUAUUUGUCAAUGAGAAGUAUGUCGAUUUACUCGAGCCACCGUUGUCAAUGCCCAACAUCGAUCAUCAUCAUAAGCCUUCGAAAUCGCUAGCGAAAGCCACAGCUCGAACGUCUCGGACCCUUGCGAUUUUGGUUUUAGUUAAUGCGGUUUUGUGUUGCUGAACUUAAUGUUUUCCGCUGUCCUUUGGGACGAGUAUCUAAACAGGUGCAUCAUCGACGAGGAUGCUGUGCUCUAAUAGUCUGUGGUGUCGUGGUGGAGCAACAAGCUGCAGCAUCUACGAAAUCGUCUUCGCAAAGCCAGGAAACGUUAUGUUUGGCCGAGGAGUGACUUAGAGAGUGAAUACAACUCUAAAGCAGUUGCAUUCAUUUCACAAAAUACAGUAUUAAACAAGAUCCCAAACCCUCAGAGGGGUGACACUAGGGUCCUGCUACCGGCUAUUUCUUCCCAUGUGUUCGGAUGUAGUGAUCCCCGAUAUUAAUUGAUUAAUUGAUUAAUCGAAUACUUCCUAAAGAAAUCGAUUAUUAAUCGAACGAAUACUUCGCAACCAAUAAUCGAAGCGAACGAAUAAUUUACGUCGAUUAAUCGAUCCAAACCCAGAGAAAAAAAAAAGCAGUUUUAUCCUGAAAUUCAAUCACUAUCUUUGGCGCUCCCCUAGACUCGUAAACGGAGCUCAAUGCAGUCAACACGAAUUGAGCUUCUCUUGCGAGUUUGGGGGAGCGUAGAAGAUGAUAAUUGAUUUUCAUGCGGAAUGAACACUUUUUUGAUUCCAGAUGGCUUUCUAGCAGAUGAGAAAUAUUAGUCUAACUAAUUAUUUCUCUCAGUGUGACGAUUAAUCGAUUAAUCGAUUAUUUGGGGCGAUUAAUCGUAUCGAAUAGCAAACUGCUGAAAAGUAUUCGAUUAGCUGAUGAACGAUUAAUUUCAAAAAUCGGGGAUCACUAUUCGGAUGAUGCCAACAUUAAAGUUAUCAGUGGUGUUCAAAAACUAUAAAAGUAUAAAGUAAAAGAUGUAGAUCUUAGCUUAGCUGAAAGCUAAUGAUAACUAUAUUAUCAUCAUGAUAACUAUAUUAUAUUGUUUCAAAAGAUCUUCAAGAUUUCGUUGCUCGUCAGCGAUUGUUGAUAUUGUUCUGUGACAAACUCGCUAUGGAAAAGUUCCUGAAAAAAAAUGUAUCGUGUUUUUUUCCGUUUUGAAUGGAAAUAGGUUGCUGAUUUGAGCAACGAUUUCCCUAAUUAAAAUGGAGAAUGACAGUUUAAAUUUCAUGAAGUGCGGUUCACGAUCUUUUCAGAGACAACCGGAGGUGUUUAGAUUUUGUAGAGAAAGCAACAAAAAAGUGGUAUUCAUGGGGUUUGAAGACCGAUCUUUGAAUUUAUGAGGAUAACAUGCUUAUUUCGUUUGUAAAUUCACAGUGUGGAACAUUUUAGACAUGAAAAAGACAUGAAAGCUGAUGUGCUCAUUAUAAUGUUGUGAACCCAAAUUUUGCGACCUACGAUGAAGAUUUAUAUAAUCCUGCCGGGAACUCCUUUCAGAAUUCUGUGUCAUCAGUACUUCUGGUAUGAUGUACCACGUGAAGUAGAUCUUAAGAUAAAGGAUUACCUCUGGGAAGGUUGUGACCAGACUCAAUGCACUGAUAAUUUUUCUUGCCGUUGAAAGAAAUAGUCUAGUCGGAAGCCAUUCAAAAGGCUGUAUUAAAGACCUUCCGGACCCGGGAUAAGAAUGGAGGAGAAUUACAAAGACUGUCAAAAUCGUCUGAGGAAGUAGCCAACAUUGUUGAAGCUAUUCAAGCUCAAUACAUGUUAGCAUUUGACAGCGGGCUGAAAAGUCCAUUCCUUAACUGUUAAAUUUUCUGCGACCAAAUUUUGGAAAGAGAGCUUUCGCUAGAGAUAUCAAGAUUCCGUAGACAUUAUCAGGGCCGCUGGAAUCAACCUGGACAAGGUCAAUCAUUGGAUUGCAUUGGAUGUGUUACAGCUCAAGGUUUACAAACGCUUCCAAAUCAUAGAAUGGGUUUAAGACAAAGUUUGAGUUCGAUAUAUAACCCCAAGUAACACUCACAUUGCGAAACAAUCUUCAAACGUCAGAAACCUCACAGCUUGAUUGAAUUGGCAAUGUGAGCCCUUUCUAGGCUGCCUACGCUCAAUUUGUAUUGGUUGGGAUGAGGAUGCCAGGACCCUGGUACGAGUCCAUCAGAACGAAAGAGAGAACUCUGCCUCAGUUAGCAAUUCAUUAUAAACAAGUAUGCGAACUAGAACGCCAUGAUCGCUUUCGGUGCAGAAUUAAUCAUAUCUCACUAGCGCCGAAAAUAUGUUUGAGUGAAUUUAGAAGCAAAUGGCUGGAGCUCGUUCGAAGCUAGGUUACGCCAAAAUACUUGAAAACGAAGUUUCAAUGGAGGGGGUAACACCCAAGACACCCGCUACGGGUGUCACCCGGUUACGCUACGCCACUGCUUACCACCCAAUGGUUGGGUUACUUCGGAAUAAAUUUCAGUACACCAAAAAAUCCUCCAAAUCUAUCGUUGGUGUUAAAUCAGUGUCCACUUACCAUCUCUGUUCCUAUGGGAAGAAAUCCUAACAGGCAAAAAAGUAGAAAUUUCGAGGAAACUCAAAAGGAAUACGCCGAAUCAUCAGCAGUUCGAACUCACCUUGGUGGACGCGCAACGUUUUACUCUCAAACAUGCACUUUUUGUUCACGCAUUUUACUCAAACACAUUGCCCAGAAGAGACCCAAAUGUGCUCUUAUCAAACUGUACUCGGUCGUCUCAUCCUAAGUGUCUUGCUCUGUUCUAAUCGCUACUGUAACGAUCAACAAUUUCCGCACACCAUAAUAAAUAUGUCUCCACUCGAUCAUAUGAACGUUAUCUUGAUGUUUGAACAACACGCAAAGUUAGAGAGAAAGAGAGAGAGAGCAGAAGGUAAAAUAAACAAAUAAACGAAGUACGAUGGUUUAAGUAAGUGUAUCUAUAUUAGUGCGUUUAUAGCAAAAAUAGCCUCAUCAGACUAAUCAAAUACUCAAACAAGAGAGACGAAAACGAAAAAUCCACUCCACAUACAGAAUGAAAAUAAAAUUCAUUAGCCACACACACAUUUUUUGGAACAUGUUAAAUGAACGAUAGGAAACUACAAAAAUGGAAAUACUAGACCCCCGUGUAUAGGUAAUCUUAAGUAAUGGCAGUACAUAUGAUCUAUUUAGGGCAAACCAUUAAUAAAACUGUAAACUUGAAGGCGCUAUGUAAUUCGAUUUUUUUGAUAAAUUAAACGAAUUAGAUGCAAGCGCGCGUAGGGUUUUAAAACGAUAGUAACAUGUGUAUUGAAUUGAAGAAUCUGUUCUGAUAUCUUUGAAUGGAUGACAAAACGCAAAAAAAAACGAAAGCGUUUAAGGAACAUAAAUUUGCCCUUCGUUUCUACUCGAUGGUCGUGUAAAAUUACUAGCGGAAAGCGUGGUGAAAACCCCUACAACACAAAUCAUUCAGAUACGACGAUGGCCAUAAGGAAUUAUGUAAUGUAAUUAUACACAGUAGAACUGAUAAAUGGCGAUAAGUUGGAAAGCCGAUUACCAAUGCACUAGAGGAGAAAAAAAAACAUAACUAAAGCUAAACGGGAAGGGCUUAUUAUUCAAAAAAUUAUCUUCCGCAAGCUAAAAAUUAACCAGGAAACAAAACACGUGUAAAAGCUAACCCUAAUGCAAACAUCGUAGAUUAGAACAAAUUCAAAUAAAUUGAUGAAUACCUUAAAAACAAACCACAUACGACUAAAAAGUUAAAUAUCUAAUCAUACCAAGGGCGCGCAACGGCAAGUGGAUAAAAGUAAUGAUUUUAUGGUCAAUUUUAUCAUAUAAAAGUUACAAAACAAAAAAAUAAAAAAUCACCAAAUUCACUUUCACUCACACAUACAUUCACACACACACACAAACACGAUUGCAUCAUCAUACGAGCACGAAAGCAUUUAAAGAACGCAGUUUAAAACAUAGGAACAUUUACAAGUUUGCAUCCAAAAUUUACAAAAUCAGAACAAAAUAUCAGCAGCAGGUAUUUUCGUACAGUGUCGUGUAUUUCACAUUGCAACGCGCAUCGACAUCGGUCACGCAUGCAUCUCUGUUUCGGUCCGUUCAGCCUGUGUUGUGUUAUGCAACAUUUCCGUUAGUAAUCGUUCCGAACGGGCUUAAUUGAAUUGACGAGAGCAGCACAAUUUUGCGGAACGUGUUCCCAUUUGUUUCUCGAUGCGAAGUGGUGCUAUGCGACAUAAUUUGCCAUAAGUGGAAAGAAGGGGAAGUGGUGUGGUUGUAUGUGUUGUCCUCAAUGCAAGUCCACGAUUUACGUUUCACCCACUGAUUUCAAAAGUUGCUUAAAAUUUAUUCCUAACCCACGGAGGAGGGAUAAUUGUUAUAAUUGAGAAAAACUCUGAAAUAUUGGAUAUAAUCUACGAACGCGGAAGCGGGUAUCAUCUGGAGGUUCCCGGAAUAAAUCGCCACAGAAAACGACUGCAACAGAAACCACCGCUUAUAAAAUGUGUAGUAGGCUAUAAAUAUUGUGGCGCGGUAUUGUAUUUCAAAACAAGAAUUAACCGGGCAAACGUAUCGCCCCAGGCAAACGUAACGCCCCGGGCAGACGUAUACCGUCCGACGCUCGCUAGAGCUCGGUCGGACAUUGCUAAAGGAUCGUAUCCUAUGUUUCAAACUAACCGGGCAAUCAGUGGAUCCCAGGUUUGCGUGCGAGACACCGCCGCUUCCGACGGCGGGUCGGCGGUGGACUCGGAUUGCGUCAUCUUGGCGGCAUGGGCCGCCUCGAUUCCUUAUCCUCGCCAAAUGGGGACUUCGUCCCCAUUACAUUGUCCUCAGAAUAAAUUUCGAAAAACGAGAACAAGAGAAUAAAUUUAUAAUAGAAAUGUGAGGCACAUGAUGUUUUUCCCGCGCCAAAUAUUUCUAGCCUACUACACUUUUUCUAAGCGGUUGUUUCUGUUGCAGUUGUUUACUGUGGCGAUUUAUUCCGGUCACCCAUCUGGAAAUGAUAGAAAAAAGCGUUCGUUGGGGCUCAAAAACUUUAUUAUGAUUGAAAAUGGAGGACACUGGGUAUUCUGAAACAAUUAUUAUAAUUAUUCAAAACUAUACUAAAGCGAAAAUAUUCUAUCGACAUUAGAGAGCGAGAGAGACGAAACAGGAAUGGGCAUAAACAUGGUUAAAACGUAGGUAAAAUGGUUAGCAAUGAAGCAAAGCGCAUGAAACGGCUGUGGGGAACUAUGAGUUUCCCCCGCAUGGAAAUACUGACGAGAGAGCGGCAAAAUGAUUAAAAUUACUUAAUCUGAAACACAAACGCGUAUAUACAACAAUUAAAAAAGUAAAUGUAUGUAUUCCAGGACAAAACAAAAGACCCAUGACUAAUGGAUAGAGGGGAGAAUAAGGACGAGUAUAGCUGAAAUUGGAUUCCAUUCAUAUAUACUUAUUAUUAUAAAACUGAGAAAAAAAAAGAAUCGGGAAAAAAAACUAUUGCUAUUAGAAUGCCUUUAUUUAGUUCAUAUAUUUACAUUAUUUUAUUGUACUAUCUUUUCCUUUUUCUUAUCAAAUAUACACCUUGAUUCAUUAGUAUAACAAAUAAGGAAAGCAACAAAAAUAUUUUAAAACUGAUAAGCAUACAUAAUUUUUUAAAUGCAAUAAAAAGUAAAUAAAUUAUUGAUAUUCAAAAACAA